GUGCGUAUGAGGAUGUGAAAAUACACUACAGAGGGUUUUUGGAGCUUACUUUUAAUUUGCUGCCAUCCUCACCGUGUAGUUAGUAUCAGGUGGUGUCGAGUAUCGUUAAAAGUAGGCUUGAGCAGGCAACUGCUUCAGGCUUCCUGUAUUUGCAUUUCAUUACCGAAUCGCAAGCCAGAAAAGGUGGUCGUUGUGCAAUUGCCAGUCCGAACCACCGUCGAUUGGAACCAUGGAAAAUCUGUUGAAGCCAAACUGGGACUGAUUUUCAUUUUUCGUUUGUGAUACUUGGCAGCGGUAAGGAGAGAAAAGUUUGCGUUUGCGAGUAGUAGCGGACAGGGCAGGACGAACAAAUGUACCGAGCGAUGGAGCUGCAGUAUGGCUGGUUGCUGAUUUUGGCCAUUCUCUGUGGAGGCGCCUGGUCAGCCUCGCACGGAUUGUCUUCGGGGCCUAGCCCCAGGGAGGCGGAGCUGUUAAACAACAACUUCUUCCGACGGCUCCGGGAGAUGAUCAUGGAACGUGCUUACGAGGACGCUUUCAAUGAGGUUCCAGAAGAAGCGCAGCAGCCACAGAAGCCGGUCGACACAUCACAUCUGGACAGCCCGCCAAAGCCUCGGCUGGUGGAAAACUGGCCCAUGGUUACACACGAGUUUGGUCAGGUCACAGCCGUAUCGGUUAACCGUGACGGAAAUCCGGUAAUCUUCCAUCGUGGUCGUCGCGUGUGGAACGCUGAAAGCUUCAACGAGACCAACCACUUCCAGCAGAUCGCGGAGGGUCCCAUUGAGGACAGCACGAUCCUAACGCUGGGUGCCGCAACGGGAGAGGUGAUCGACGAAAGUGGCAGCGGAAUAUUCUACAUGCCCCAUGGAAUGACGAUCGAUAAGAAUGGCAACAUGUGGCUGACGGAUGUGGCCCUGCAUCAGGCUUUCAAAUUUAUGCCAGGCCAUGACUAUCCCAGCAUUACCAUCGGUCGACGGUUUGAGCCCGGUUCUUCACGAUAUCAUCUCUGCAAGCCAACGGCCACGGCAGUAGCUACAACCGGGGAAGUUUUCAUCGCCGACGGGUACUGUAAUAGUCGCCUGUUGAAGUUCAAUGCUGCUGGCCGACUGAUCAGGGUAAUUCCACAACCGCCGGAGUUUUUGUCCCUGCAGGUCCCACACGGAUUGACACUUUUGGAGCACUUGGACUUGAUUUGCAUCGCCGAUAGGGAGAACAUGCGAGUUGUUUGUCCAAAGGCUGGCCUGAGAUCAUCGUUCGGAGAGGGAACGCAAGCGGCAACGAUUCAGGAACCGGAUCUGGGCCACGUGUACGAUGUCGCUGCCUAUGGCGAUUUGGUAUACGCGGUGAACGGUCCCACAGCCGACAUGAUUCCAGUGCGUGGAUUUACCAUCGACCCACGGUCGGAAACCAUCAUCGAUCACUGGGGCAAGUUUGAGAAUCCACACUCGCUCGCGUUCUGUCCCAAUGGGUCGGCUAUGUACGUGACCGAAACUGGACCGAACAAGGUGUGGAAGUUUGAGCUAGUGUAAGCAGACCAAAGGAACCAUACUGAUGUGAAUGAAUUAUAAAGUUUAUAGAAAUAAUUACAAUGAUAACAAAAGUGUAUAUCUUAUUCGUAUGAGGUGUCUACGCAAUUGGUAUAUAUAUAAUAUCCAUCAAUAUUUAUAUACCCAGCCAGAGUAAAGUCAUUAUAGAACUUAUUACUAGCGGAAUGAAUGACGAAAGCCGGCAGAUUAGAAGAAUACUUCAGACCACACACAGAAUUGUAGCUGCAAAUAGAGUUGAAAUUCAAGCCGCAUAUUUAACUUUUCGUUGUUGUAAAACGUUUUGGGGGUCAUCAUUAUCUCAGUAUUUCUGUUUGUAUUGCUCGUAUAGUCCAUGUUCGGUUUGUGCAACCGAUCAUAUUCUUGAGCGCUUUAGUUCAUUUAUAUCCUUGUACAUUUAGCAAUGAAAUGACGAUAGCGGAUUGGUAACCAACCGCACUAAAUAUGUUAUGGUGAUUCGUAGAAGGUGUUGGAACAGUUCACAUGUAACCACAUCAACAAAGAAAACCACAAUAUCAAAGAGAACCUAGAAUGCUGCUCUAGCGGCGGUAGUGUAUAAUAAACAUUUAUACGUAGUAUGAAACAAA